AUGCGGUACAAGGCAUUUUGGAGUACCCUGGAGUACACCUGCCGAUUGCUGGGCAUCACCACUGCAGCAGUGCUGAUUGGUGUGGGCGUAGAAACUCUGCAGCGAGGACAGUUCAAAAGCCUGGCAUUCUAUCUGCUUUUUUCAGGGGUUGCAGUUGCUGUCUGUGAAGGUUUCUUCUUUGUCAGUUUGCUCCUGGAGAUGUGCUUCACAUAUGAGCCUGACUCCCUGGCACAGGCCUGCUGGAAGCGGGCUAGACGCCCAGGGAGCUUUCAGAAAUUCCUGGGAUACACGCUGCUCUCAGUGGCUUGCUUCCUGCAUCCUGUCCUCAUCUGGCAUGUCACUAUCCCUGGGUCCAUGCUGGUGCUCACUGCCUUGGCCUAUUUCCUGUUGAGCAAGAGGAGGAAGAGCGCAGGGCACAAAGAGACUCAUCCCCAGGCAGGCCAGUACGUGGACCCUUCAGCCACUGUGGCAGCCCCAACUAUCGCUGGUGACACUGAGCAGACCUACACCUUCUACGCGUCCCAGAGGGAGCAGCACCACUCCUUGCUGGGCCAUAUGAAGAGCAUCCUGAAGGGCAGCAAGGACAGAAGCCUGACCCCAGUAGCUCCUGUCCAAGAAGCAGCCCCUACAGCCCCACGCAAGCAAGUGCACUUCCAGGAAAAAGUGGUGCAGAUCAUCCCCUCUGUCAGCGAGAGCUUGGAGGACUUGGAGAGCGAGGCUGAAGAGACCACAUCGGACACAACACCCAUCCUCACCCCGCCUGAUGCUCCUGUAAUCCUCACUCCCCUCAGCUCCACAGGCCUCUUUUGA